CAGAAUGGGUGUUUGUGGGGGCCGUAGCGCUGGGCAGUGUCCUGGUUCUCCUGCUGCUGGGGGUGUGUUGGUGCCAGUGCCUGUCCCCACUCCUGUUGCUGCUACGUCAGCUGCUGGUGCUGCCCAGAUACAUGCUGCUGCCCCAGGCACUUAUACGAGGCCGGUAAGGGCAUCAAGGUGGGCACCCACACCCCCACCCCCACGGUGACGCCCUACCCCCCCUACUUCAUCUCCGGCCUGCCCACCAUGGUCCCCAUCGCCCCCCCAUCGCUGGUGGACAAAACGUCCCCGGUCCCCCCCUCCGACAGCAGCCUGCUGGCCUCAGUGGCGUAUCAUGGCGUAGGCCCCUCCCCUACCGAAUCACAUCCAGCCAGCCCUCAACCCACCCCUCCACCCAGGACCAGAACUCCCUUCAGGGUGCUCCAGUAUGUAGAGAAACAGCUGGCCCAUUUCAGUCCCACUCGCUCCCACGGCCACCAGUCCUCCAGCCUAUCAGAGCUGAGCUCCCUCCACGAGGGGGAGGCGGGGUUCCGGCAGACGUACCGGGACAUCCAGAAGAACGCCCUCCCCGCCAUCCCGGACCGCGACCCCGCCUUCCAGUCGGGGGACGACCAUCAUCACCAGCGCUGCCGUGGCAACCGCAGCCCAGAGCCGCAGCGGUACCAGAGGAGCCCGCCCGCCUCUCAGCGUUACCGUGACGACCGUGACGACGGCGACGACCGCGACGACCGCGACGACCCCGACGACGGCGGGCCCCUCCCCCCGCGGCGCUUCAGCGACGACCCCCCCUCGUCGUCGCACACGGGGCGGUCCGUGCGUAAACCGCCCGGAGGCAGGGAGCCGGAGCGGUGGAACCCGCGGUCGGAGCUCCUCCAGCGGAAGGCGUUCCGCUCCAUCGGUCCGACCGGCUCGCUGGACGAGCUGGAGCGGGACGCCUACCGGCGGCGGGGGGAGGGGGGUCGGCCCGGCGACGGGCACCGCGGCAACGAGGACGAGGGGGGACGCCGGCGACCGGAUGGAGCUCCGGGAGUUCCGCCGCCAGCUCUCCUCCCCCUGCCGCCGGGACGGCCCGCCGCAGCGUUACCGCGACGACCGCGGCCGCGGGGAGGAGGAGGAGGAGGGGGAGGAGGACGGGCGGCCGCGGCCCAGGCGGGAGAGGAUGAAGUCGGACGGGGGCGAGCCGGCCAGCCCCCUGGCCUCCCCCACCCGGAGGCGCGGCAACAGCUGGGACAGCGAGCGCCACCGCGUGCCCCCGCCGCCGGCCCCCCGCCUCAGCCCCCCCCCCUCCUCCUCCUCCACCACCCGGGACAGAGACUACGACGGGGACUCCUUCCUGGGCAGCCUGCUGGAGCGCAAGGCCAGGCUGAGGGGGGCGGGCCCGGGGCGGGGCGACCAGGACUCUGACUCGCCCUCCAAGCUCAGCUCCAAGCUGAGCGGCGGCGAAUCCGGACGCUUCCGCAGCCGCUCGCCCAACGGGCGGCGGGAGAUGGACACGGUGCCCCCCUGCUCGGAGAGAGAGAGGGGCGGGGGCGAGAGAGGCGGGGGGGGAGAGGGGA